UGGGUAGCAUUAGCAUCACAUUACAGCCAUUGACUCAAACACUCUCAACCUUUAUCUUCACUCUCCGUUUCAAUGCCGCUAGCCAUGGCGCCCCACGCGCUCAUCUCACUCUCUCCUCACCCACCACUCCUCCGAUCAUCCUUCUCCGGUGCCUCCCUCAAACUCUCCCCCCACUUCCGAACCUUCUCACCCUCCAAACCCCUCGCCGUCCUCGCCGCCACCAAGAAAGCCGUCGCCGUCCUCAAGGGCACCUCCGCCGUCGAAGGCGUCGUCACCCUCACCCAAGAAGACAACGGACCAACAACUGUGAAUGUUAGAAUCACUGGUCUCACUCCAGGUCUUCAUGGUUUUCACUUACAUGAGUAUGGUGAUACCACAAAUGGGUGUAUAUCAACAGGACCACAUUUUAAUCCUGACAACAAGACACAUGGUGCUCCUGAAGAUGAAAUCCGUCAUGCGGGUGACCUGGGAAACAUAGUUGCUAAUGCCGAUGGAGUCGCAGAGGCAACAAUAGUGGAUAGUCAGAUUCCACUCACUGGCCCCAAUGCAGUCAUUGGGAGAGCCUUAGUGGUUCACGAACUUGAAGAUGACCUUGGAAAGGGUGGGCAUGAACUUAGUUUGAGCACUGGAAAUGCUGGUGGAAGAUUAGCAUGUGGUGUGGUUGGUUUGACUCCAACAUAAAUGCAGCAAAUGCUUUUGUAGCAGUCAUGUUAUUUUAUCUGAUGCUUGCUUUCUCAGUUAGGCAUGUUUUAUAAAGCAUGAUUACCUACAGUUAUUUGCUUUAUUCAGUUAGCAAUGUAAACUAUGAAGCUUAAUGCAUGUUUGGAAACAUUCUACGAUUGAUUUUAAAGCCUUAAUCAAUUCUCCGGGGAGUAGCUUUUGAGUACCAGAA